AUAAAUAGAACUCCAUUUGCUCCCCAAUAAAGCUUCAGCCCAACAUCAAACAGAUGUGUGAUCCACUGAUGAGAUGGGCUACGUCUUCGUCUUCCUUCACAGAUUGGACACCUCAUGAGAACAAGCUUUUCGAGAAUGCUCUAGCCGAGUUCGACUCUGAUACACCAGAUAGGUGGGAGAAGAUCGCUUAUAGGCUUCCUGGGAAAACCCCAUUUCAGAUUAAGAAACAUUACGAAUCUCUGGUAGAGGAUGUGAAUUUCAUUGACAUGGGGCUCGUUCCGAUCCCUUCCUAUGCUCAUCAUGGGCUAUGUGAUGAUUUUCUCGUGGAGGUUUCCGAAUUUCAGGUGGUUCCUGGAGGUGGGAGGGGUGGGAGGGGAGGGGACCCCGAGAGGAAGAAGGGGGUGCCUUGGACUGAAGACGAGCACAGGCUAUUUCUGAUGGGCUUAGAGAAGUAUGGGAAGGGCGAUUGGAGGAGCAUAUCGAGGAAUUUUGUGGUGACAAGAACUCCAACUCAAGUUGCCAGCCAUGCUCAGAAAUUUUUCAUCCGCCUCAACUCAGGAAGCAAAGACAGGAGGAGGCCAAGCAUCCAUGAUAUAACUAGUGCAAAUGCAUCAGACACUGCAAGCGCUCCUCAAGAUCCUUCUCUCUCUUCUUCUGUGAAUUCGAACCAAGUGGUUGGUCCUCAGAGCCAAACGCCUACUCCACAAUCUACCUCUGAGCCCUUUGAUUACUACUAUGGAGGACUUGGGGCUCAUCAGGGGGGGUCUUUUGGCUUUUACCAGCAAUGAGGAAAUAGAGGUCUCAUAGAUCCUAUUGAGCCCUUUGUACACUAAUUUACUAGAGGGGUAUGUACAGUUCGGGCUUCUCUGUCUGUCUCUUUGAUCUGUUGUUUCUCUGAUAAGGUUAUUUUGCAUGUUGGUUGUGCUUUCUUUCCCUGCAUUUAUUAUUUAGUGAUGGAAUUGUCAUCUGAUUUGGUUGAAAUAAAUUAAAGAUGUCACAUGUCUAUAUUGUAAUGGAAGGAUGAGUAUGAUCGAUUCUUGUAUAGUGGCAAUUUGGAUGGUGAGUUGUUGAGACUUGGUGGUUUAUAGUAAAAAUCAGAGCUUUGAUUUCACUAA